CCGCCGCCGCCUCCCGUAUCUCAGACGGGCUCUGAAGCCGCGGGGCCGCCGGAGGUGGUAGGUGGUGGCUCAGAGCUUGCCCUCAGCCAACAUGGCUGCCGCUCGCUUCCGGCGGCAGCGAUACCGCUUUGCCCGCAGGUAAGAUGGCGGCGCGCAGGUGGUGUGGCGGUGGAGAUACACCCUGAUGGUAAACGGCAUCUGUUUUCCUUGUGGAAAUAAAGGUACAGGUUGAAUAAUCAGCUCCAUACAUUGCUUCUCUUCAGAACUCACAUUUUUUGCCUGCGCUUCUCAUCUGAUGCUUAGCCAGAGGGACUUCUGAGAGUUUCUCAGUAUUUUUAUUAGCAUAUCAGCAGAGGUUGUAGUCAUCACUGCUACUAUGUCCUGGGUACAAGCUGCAGUCAGCCGAGCCAAUGAGGAUAUAUUUGAUGAAGAUGCAGAUGAGAUGUAUCUACUACAGAAAGAGUGGAACAGCACCAUGAAACAAAGGUUGAAGGAAGGCUACAGGGAUGGAAUUGAGGCUGGGAAAGAACUUGCGCUCCAGGAAGGCUUCAAUCAAGGUUAUAGGCAUGGUGCUGAGCUGAUGGUUACCUGUGGCCAGUUCAGAGGAACCCUGAAUGCUCUCUUAUCCUGGUGUCAUCUUAAUGGACAUGACUCUGCCUUAAGUAAGAUAAAUAAUCUUCUCGAUGCAGUUGGAAAGCAUGAAGAAGAUGUGCUUAAGUGUCUGAAUUCUACUGAACAACAGCCACAUCUCAAACACAUUUUAGACUGUGUUCACGAUAUGGACCUUAAUCAUACAGCUCCAGCUGGGACAGAGUACAAUGGAGGUAAAGCUGGGAAACACGAAGACAUUGGCAGCUCUGGUGAAAACAUUUGUAGAAAUAAUGUUGUGGUUGGUUCCUUGCAGUCUGAGUGCAGCAAGGCAAAACUCUGUACAGAUCCUGAACAGUCAACCCUUGCUUGGGUUAAAAAACAGACAGUUUGGCUCGUAGAACAACUGGGCUUAUCUUUGGAUAUACUCCAUCAUGUCCAGCAACUGCAGCACUAGUGUCUUUGCCUCAUGGUAUUCAGAAUUAUCUCAGCUGGAUUUGAUUCUCAGUUUUUGGACCAUGUACAGGCUCGUGCCUGACUUUGUUUUAGGGAACCCUGAUUUUGAUACUUCCUAGGAGAUAUUUAUUUUGUAAAUCUUCACCAUGCUUUGGCUUCUGGCAAAAACACCCUUGCUUUCAAUCAGACAUAACUGUCACAGAAAGGGGAAAUGACUCGUAAAGCUCUACAAAGAUUUACUAAAUAUGUUUCGAUCCUGUGGUGAGGAUUUUGCCCUCACUUUCCCUUUUGGCAGCAGUCUAGAAAUUGGGCACAUCCCUUAAAUAACAUCUCUAAAUAGGUUCCCUCUAAUAUGUGAAAAACAUGCCCAGAGCUAUGGACAAGCUAUUCUUGCAGAAUAAGCUGCUGUUGAUGAUAUGCUGACUCUGUGCAAAACAGAACAGGAUUUGCUGCUGAUUUCUAGAGUGCUAUGACUCUCGCUAGUCACUAUAUAAAACAUAGGAGUUUUUCACCUUUUGUCAAAUUGUUCCUCUUUUGUAACCACUAUGCAGUGCGCUUUCACAGUUGGACACUAUUUUUUCCCUCCUAAUACAGUUCUAUUUAUUUAACUUUUGCUGAAAAUCCACUAUUCUCUUCAAAUGUAGAAUUAUUGACAAUUCCAUUGUUUUACUCUUAGACCAUCUACUCUUACUCUGUUUGACUACACUGAACAGAUUUCCAGUCUAACGAACUUCCUUGUGUUAUUUUUUGAUUUAUUUUGCCAGUCCCUUUAGCCUGACUGUCUUUCCCUCAUUCCUAUAGUGUUUUUCCCAAACCCUUGAAGGAAGCCAGGCUUUUUCACUUUCUCUUAGAAACACGUUGUCAACCACACAUGCAUGUUUCUGACAACUUCGUGUUUCUGUGCCAACAUUCUAUAUUUGAGACCUUCUCCUAGUGCCUGCCUUAACUGUAGCUGCUAAUUGCU